AGUUUCAAGCGCGAGCAGAUCUGACAUAACUAAAACAGGAUUAAACGGGAUCGAAAAACAGUGAACAGGUCUCUUGUCUGUUAGUGAGUUGUUUCUAAACGUCAGUCAUGGCCAGUGAUGAUGAUGUGGAAAAGCGGUUCUAUUUCGCUGGAGUGUUUGAAACAGUUGAGAUUGAAGAAUUAACGCAAAUGAUCUUGGCACUCAAGGGAAAAGUGGUGGAAACCUCAACACAGGAACGAGGAUCGUUUUUGGAGCGCUCCACGCAUUGCCUGAUCAAGUGCCCGAAGAAAUGGUCUAAAGAUAGCUCUUGGGAGUACAUAUUGUCGUUGACACCGAAGCCAUUGGCUUUCAUGGCCUCUGGGAAGUUGGUUUUAAGUCCGGAUUACAUCAAGGAAAGCUUCAAAAAAGGGCGUUUCUUGGAGGAUGUACAACUUUAUAUGCCCAAGCCUUCAUAUAAUGCUUACAAGUUUGUUAAUGAGGUGAAUAAAGGGCCAAUGUUUCAAGAUUGGAGAGUGACUUUGAUGGUCCACAACGAUGAGAAGAAAUAUCUUGACUUCUACACACUUUUGAAAGCAGGGGGUGCCACGAUUCUCCCCUUGACCACUAGGCAGUUUCGAACGAUCGACUCGCAGCAUUUGUUAAAUAAUCUUGAUUUCAUCUUCACCGAACCUGCGCUGCAACAGGACCCCAAUUUCAAGAUGUUCAUGACUUCACGUGCAAGGUUAAAGUGGCCAAUCAAAGUGCUUUCCUUCUACUACAUUGUUCAAGUCAUCCGGAAUCCUUGUUUAGAGAAUCGGGCCUCAUUGACGCAUCAGUUUCGGUUAGAGAAUUCAAAUGUUAUUGAACUCCUUCAUCCCUCCACAAAUGCCAAGCGGAAAAAAGGCUUGCCACUUCGACAUCCCCGUCUCAAGAAGCCGAAAGCAAGUGAAGUGGUUACCCUCGACGAUAGUGACGACGAUGAUAGCCCGUCUGACAUUCAGAUCGUUCGAGAAACAAUUGUACUAGUCAAUAAAAAGAUUCAUAGACGAAUAAAAGAAGAACCCAAAGAGCCCGAACCUCAGCAAGAAGUGGUGUGUCUAGACAUGUCGUCGGACGAAGAAUCACAAGGGAAGACCAAGUCGAAUGAUUGGGUGACUAAUGUGGAUAGUGGGACUGAUUCCGAUCAUGAGAGUGAUAAUGAGUGUCAGAUUAUGUCUAUAUCUAAACCUCGAGAAUCCGUCUCAAGGAAAAAGGCCAAACCGAUUGAUGUCAUAUGCAUCUCUGAUGAUGAAUAAGAUGUUUUAGUAGCAACAGAUGAUUAUAUACCUUCAAUUAUCGAAAUCUCAGAUGAUGUCCAGUUUCAAUCAUCGCCUCCUCAAGCAGUGUCAAGCUCCGGUUUAGUCGCCGAAGAAUCAGUGAUUGUCACCGAUGAAUCCGAAGUGGCGGACCACAUGGUCAUUACUAGUAUUACGUCUCCUCAGAUUGGUUCUAUUCAUUCUGAUGCAGAUACCAUUGACCAAGAAGAUGUGCCUGGUCGGCCAGUUUCCUGCAUUUCUCCUAAUCAAGCCGUGAGAGAGGAGGAAAUCAUACCAGAGAUACCUGUUGUCCAAGUUACGGAAAAAGCUUCGCUUCAAAUUUUUGCAAACGCGAACCUCGAUAUCAGCGCAAAUUCUUCUAUAAAACAUCCCACUACAGAAAAAAUUGUGCCUGAGGUUGAAGAAGAUGAGAGUAGUCCAAAACCAAAAGCCAAGGAGUCUAAAGAAAUUCAGCCAAGUCUGGCUGACGUUCCAAAAACAUCCACUAAAAAGGACACCCUCGCUAAAAUGUUGGCUAAACAACGCUGUUGUGUAGUUGAUUUGAACGAAACCGAGACCUUGAAGCAAGUGAUAGGAACACUUCUUCGUCGACAAAAAGAUCACAACGACUGCCUAGACUUUGAAAAUAUUCGUCAAAAGACUAUCCGAUUUGACGCCAAAGGUGACAUGAAGAACUCUGCCCGAGCCAUUUCUAAACAAGCCAUCCAAAUGGAUGUGUUUUCGGACUCGACUUCAUUCUCUAUGCUAAAGAGCAAGGAAAUUGAAAAUGACGCAGUUUUCUUGGUCAUGUUGAGAAUAUUGGGGUUUGUGAAUCUUCAGACCUACCCAAGGGCUAAGAGUAUGAACUAUCUUUUGAUCAAUCUCAUCCUCAGACCUGAGCCCAAGCCCAACUUGGACUCUGAAUUAGCAGCUGAACUUGCUUUCGAUCUCUUCAUUCGAGUUCUUCAUCAACAUGCGCCCACGAGCUCGAUAGCUCGUAAAUACUACCUCUCCAUCUUCAGAUGGUCUCAUGACGAGGACUAUGGACAGCACUUUGAGGGUGAUUUGUCAUUUUGGAAGUUCUUCUGCGACAUUUGGAGCGACUAUUUUAGCACUGAGCCGUCGGGACAACCCCUUCUAGCCUUGCAAAUCAUAUUGACUUGUCUACAAAGAGACUUUGAGUAUUGGUUGAAGCACGGUCAUGGUUCCAAGCUGGUUGAGAGCAAGCCAAUGAUAUUUUUCCUUUUUGUCAAAGAUACCAAUAUCGAGAUCCAUUUGUUGGACUUUCUCCAUCAGUUUGACACCAAAAUCUACUCGGACCCCAAGGUAUGGAAAUUGUAUUGGAGGUUCAUCGCAAUGAUCGCUUUGAUGGUCGCGGUGCGGGACCGAGACACGAAAUUGACUUUUCUGCACCGACGAGAAGCUCUCAAGUACAAAAUUGCUCAUUGCCUCUCCCUCAGUUUCACCAAAGUCCGACUUGAACCGAGAAAAGAGUACACUCACUUAUCCCUUCUCCGUCCAUCGUGGUUGAGUCACCUGGUGACCUCAAAUCUCCUUCAGCUUCGUUUAGGUUGCAGUAGUGGUAGUACUGCUAGUAAUAGUUCUGGUAGUCACGAUGACAAUGAGUUGCCAAGACGAGAUUUUCAAUUUGAACUCUUGGUUCGCAAGAAAACGCUAAAUUACUCCCUAGUCAGCCAGACUCCAGAGGAGCAUCAACGUUUGCUUCGGGCCAACAUCGCUUUGGAUAAAUUCCUAGCCACGUUCUAUCCACAAACAAUUCAUUUAAGCUGGUUCAUGCAGCAAACCAAUCGCCAUUCCCAGAAUCCUUGCCGUUGGAUGAAACACAAGUCCAAACCAAUGGAUGGAGAAGUGAUUAAGUGGGACUCCCAUGUCCAUGACGACCUAUCUUCAUUGCUCGAAAAGCUCACAAUCAUCAAUAAAGUUCACGAGGAACUGGAGAGGAAGAACCCCACUCAAACCAGUGAUGACGUCUCAAAAUUGACAGUAUUCAGUAACAAGUUGUUGUUCCUUGCCAAAGAUUAAUAGAAUAUAGGAAUAUCUUUAACCAA